UUUACUUCCAAAAUAUUUCUAGAAUCAUUUCCUUCCAGUACCUCUAACUAACAACAAUGCACUUUUCAACCAUGUACAGGCUUCAGCUUUCCAAACCUCCCGAGUACCGCUCAAGCACACUCUCGAUCUUUGGAACGCCUCCAAUAACGACAUGGUACUAUUGCUGCUCCUUUUUCUGUCGCAUGAUUACGCUUAUGCUUCAUGUCGAUUGGGCCCAAAAAUGGCUCUGGUAUGACUCUGUGUAUACCGCGUUGCUAUGUGUAUCGUGUUUUUGUCACUACACACGGCCGCAGGUGAUAAUUUUGUAGUUUAGUGUCGCUAUAGAUAUUUACGGGUUUGGAAUUGGUUGAGAGGUCUUGGUGGAUGCUUCAUACUAGGAAUUGCAAUGAUGGAAUUAGAAUGCUUUAUUAAUUCAAUCUUGUUGUGGUGCAGUAUCAUAAAUCGCCACAGGUUUCUAACCG